AUGGUAGCUUCCAAGAAAACACUAGCGAAAGACGAGGCCUUUAUCCGAUUGAUUCUAAUCACUGUCUUAGGGUUUAUGUUAUUGGCUUCGCUGAUAGGGAUCAGUGCAAUGCUACGGUUGGUAUUCAGUUAUUCAUUUGGGACUCAACUAAAACCUGCUGAUAACUGCAUUAGGAGUUUCAAGAAUCUGGAGCUUCCCGAACAGAAUGAGCUUUCAAUUAUAUUAUCCAAGCAUAACCACAAGCCUCCUAGAAACUUAGAUUUAUAUCCUAAGUUACCAAAGGAUCAUAUAGUGAUUGUGCUAUAUGUUCAUAAUAGGCCUAAAUAUCUUCGUAUCGUAGUCGAUAGUCUUUCCAGUGUGUCAGGAAUUAACAAAACUCUGCUUGUAGUUAGUCAUGAUGGUUACUAUGAAGAGAUGGAUAAGAUUGUACAGAGCAUCAAGUUCUGCCGGGUGAAACAGAUUUUUGCACCGUAUUCUCCCCACAUCUUUCCUGAUAGAUUUCCCGGGCCAUCGCCAUUUGAUUGUAAAGAUAAGGAGGAUCAGAACAGGACAAGAUGUGAGGGUAAUGCAGACCGAUAUGGGAACUACCGGUCACCUAAGAUUGCAUCGUUGAAGCAUCAUUGGUGGUGGAUGAUGAACACGGUGUGGGAUGGAUUAGAGGAGACAAGGGAUCACUCGGGUCAUAUCCUCUUCAUAGAGGAGGAUCAUUUUGUUUAUCCUAAUGCAUAUCAUAACCUGCAGCUGCUUACACAGCUGAAGGCUACAAAAUGUCCACAGUGCUACGCUGUGAAUCUUGCGCCAUCUAAUGUGCAGUCGAGGGGUGAAGGAUGGAAGGAGUUGAUAGCAGAAAAGAUUGGGAAUGUCGGAUUUGCAUUUAAUCAUACUGUGUGGAGGAAGAUACAUAGGAAGGCCAGAGAAUUCUGUAUGUUUGAUGACUACAACUGGGACUUGACAAUGUGGUCUGCAGUUUAUCCUACUUUCGGGGAGGCUGUGUACACGCUGCGAGGACCUAGAAGCAGUGCUGUUCAUUUUGGGAAAUGUGGUCUGCAUCAAGGGCGCAGACCUCAUGCAGCUUGUAUUGACAAUGAGGCUCGAAAGUUUGAAGUUAAAAGUGUUGACAGAGUUACUAAUAUCAACUCGGAUUGGGGGGUGUUCGUGUACCACAACCAAGGUGGUUACCAAGACGGCUUUCAAGGCUGGGGAGGGUGGGGAGAUGUAAGAGACCAUCAACUAUGUCUCAGUUUUUCUAACAUGUAUCAAGGUCCAGAGGCUGGCAUGUGUGAGACUGAUGUAUACAGUCAGAUCAGUUCAAAAGAGAAGAGCAUAAAUUUAUCCUGA